AUGGCACGACCCUUCGUCGUAGACAUCCACACCCAUGUCUACCCUCCUUCGUACAUGGCGAUGCUUCGCGAUCGCAAGACGGUGCCAUAUAUUCAUGACCCCAGCGACAAGGGCACGCCGCGGUUGAUAAUCCUCUCCUCCGACGAUGACCCCGCAAUCCCCAUCGAUCAACGCGGUCGGCCCGUGGACUCAUCCUACUCGGAUAUCAAUGUCAAGCUGGACUUCAUGAAAAAGCACGACAUCGACUGCAGCGUGAUCUCCCUCGCAAAUCCCUGGCUGGAUUUCCUGUCUCCGGACGAGGCCCAAACAUGGGCCCGGCUCAUCAACGAUGAUCUUAACUCCACUUGUGCAAAUGUAAAUCGCACUGCUGAUCCAGAUAAUACCAUUCCAUUCCAGCAAAAGAGAUCGCUCUUUGCAUUUGGCGCUUUACCUUUAAGCGCGCCGACUCCAGAUAUCAUCGUGGAGGAAAUCCACCGACUCUCGAGUUUGCCGCAUAUCCGGGGCGUCAUUAUGGGGACAUCAGGGUUGGGCUCUGGCCUCGACGAUGCGAAUCUUGAUCCGGUAUGGGCAGCACUGGAAGAGUCUCAGCAAGUUUUGUUCCUACACCCACACUAUGGUCUUCCCGAUGAAGCAUUUGGAGGCCCCGAGAUAACGGCUCGUUACGGUCAUGUCCUCCCACUCGCCCUGGGUUUCCCCCUAGAGACGACUAUCUCUGUGACUCGGAUGCUUUUGAGCAGGGUUUUUGAUCGCUUUCCCCGACUGCGGAUCUUGCUAGCUCAUUCGGCUGGAAGGAUUGAGAGCUGCAUUGCGCAUGAGCGGAAAUUCAAGGAGAAUGGUGGGGACGUUCCUGGGCCCCAGAGGAGUAUCUGGGAGGUUCUCAAGACAAAUAUUUAUCUUGAUGCUGUCGUUUAUGGCAAAGCUGGGCUUCAGGCAGCUAUCGCGGCUGGUAGUACCGAUCGUUUGCUUUUCGGAACUGAUCAUCCCUUCUUUCCACCCCUCGGAGACGAGAAUGAGAAGUGGUUGAGUGUUACUACCAAUUACACGGCUAUCGAUGAUACACUCAAGGAAGAUCCGGCUUCAGUUACCGCAGUACUUGGAGGCAACGCGGUACGCAUUCUCGAUCUUAAAUAA